UUUAAUCAAAAGUUCAAUCUUCUGGUUGCCAGUUGGAAGUUAGCAUGCAGUUCAGUGUUACCAGUCACGUCAUUUCAUGUAAGCUAUUGCUUUCCACCACCAGCUUCUGCUGUGUUGAGGCACUGGGGAUGCUUCAAACUCAACAGUAAGCGUAUUGCAAAACAACUGUGCUCCUACUCCUGCUGGGCAGAGCUUGAUGUCUUCAAGUAUUUGGCAUAGUACUAAUAUUCAUUAUGUGAUACUCUGAUAUGCUAUCUUGAAUGCUAUGUACAAAACUCCUUUGUUCCUACUGAACUGGGUAUGUGAAUGCCCACAUAAGCAAGAGAAGACAGCUUUCUGUUUGACCUAAUUGUUAAUCCUGGUGUCACAUUUAGGUUAGAUUUGGGUAAUCUUGUCUAUUGAGGAAUCUGCAAUGCACUGUCAGGUGUGAGCUCCCCAUUUAAGUAUUCUUAAGUAUAAGCCCACAUCACCAGCAGGAACACGUUUCCUUGAAGGGAACAAGAAGGUCUUUUAAAAAACAUAUUGCUUUAUUUCUUUACAUAGUUAAGAUGAUGAAGAUGCAUGUUUUCAGUAGGCUUGUGCCCACAUACUUGCGUUUUAUUCCAGCAGGGCAGAGGCCAGGAAUAGUCAGACAGCAGAACAGCUUUGGGCAGUGGCAUUAAUACCAUAUCCACAUUCUUUGUGUUCUAAAACUCGGUGUUCUGGAGGAGCAGUUUGCUUUAGGAGCAGUCCCUUUAGAAAUAAAAGGAACUUUGCCAUUUUCUGCUGUUCAGACAGCCGGAAAUCUGGGCGUACCAAAACCUGGCUAACCGCUGCUGUCUAACUGUAGCAAUAGUAGAACGUCUUUCUCCUCUUGGAACAGCCGUGCUCUCGCUUCCAAAAUCGUUAACGCAAGAAGGAACUGCUGCAGCGUGAGGAUCAGAGCACUUGGGAACAUGGCUCUGAGAGAGAGAGAAGCCAGCAGCAGCUCCGCUGAUGACAAGCAAGAGCAGAACUGUAGUCGUGUUAUUACGAUCGUCUUCCUGGCACUCCUCAUCGACUUGUUGGGAUUUGCUCUCAUCUUGCCGUUGUUUCCUUCCAUCCUUGAUUAUUACAGCCAGACUGAGGAUGGAUUCUAUUUGUCAUUGCAACGUGGUGUGGACUGGUUUGCAGCAAUGGUUGGAAUGCCUCCAGAGAGGAAAUACAACAGUGUCUUGUUUGGAGGUCUGAUUGGCUCAAUGUUUUCCAUCCUCCAGUUUUUCUCCUCUCCCCUCACUGGAGCUGUAUCAGACUGCUUGGGCAGAAGGCCGGUCAUCUUGAUGACAGCGAUGGGUUUGAUAGCAUCUUAUGCACUAUGGGCUGCAUCUCGUUCUUUCGGCGUUUUUCUUCUGUCCAGAAUGAUAGGUGGAAUAAGCAAAGGGAAUGUCAGCCUCUGCACAGCUAUAAUUGCUGACUUGGGCUCUCCAAAAGCACGGAGCAAGGGCAUGGCAAUGAUUGGUGUUGCUUUCUCCCUUGGUUUUACCCUGGGUCCCAUGAUUGGAGCUUAUCUAGCCAUGGAGACAGAAAAAGGAGAAGUCUUCUAUCUCCGUUCAGCACUAUUAGCACUCACGUUUGCUGCAGCUGACUUGAUUUUCAUCUUCUUCCUGCUUCCAGAGACACUUCCCAAAGAAAAACGGGUCUCCUCUGUGACAACCGGGUUUCAGGCAGCAGCUGACCUGCUCAGUCCUUUGGCUUUAUUUCGGUUCUCUGCAGUCACCCAAGGAAAGGAGGCCCCUUCAGAUCAGAAUCUUCAGAACCUCAAAAUCUUGGGCCUGGCUUACUUCCUGUACCUCUUCCUGUUUUCUGGAUUGGAGUAUACACUGAGUUUUCUUACUCACCAGCGAUUCCAGUUCAGCAGUAUGCAGCAGGGCAAGAUGUUUUUCUUUAUUGGAAUAACAAUGGCUGUGAUCCAGGGAGGCUAUGCUCGCCGAAUAAAGCCACGAAAUGAAAUCAGAGCCGUAAAAAGGGCCAUUUUGUUGUUGAUUCCAGCAUUCCUGUUAAUUGGAUGGGCUGCAAAUGUGACCCUGCUGAGCGCUGGACUGUUGCUGUACUCGUUUGCUGCUGCCAUUGUUAUCCCGUGUUUGUCUACAGUGGUUUCAGGCUAUGGUUCUGCCAGCCAAAAAGGAAGAGUCAUGGGGAUCCUGAGGAGCCUGGGGGCCCUUGCGAGGGCGCUGGGACCUGUCCUGUCAGCCACGGUUUACUGGCUGGCAGGGGCAGAGAGUUGCUUCACCAUCUGUGGAGCUUUUUUCCUCAUCCCCUUCAUUUUACUCGGUUCUAUCAAACAGCAGACAAAGGAGGAGUAGGCAAAGGCAAGAAGAAACCAGAGCUAUCACCAGUUUCCAAGGACCUCCCCACCACCCGAUUCUCACCACCUGAGUCCACUGACCAAACUGGGAGAAGAGGAUGUUGUGGAAAGCAAGGUGCAACGACCACAUGCAGUAACAGCGGGCUGCAGAUCUCUUAUGGCCUCCACAAACACUUCAGCUGACAGCCUCACAACUGCCUUGGCCAGUUUUGAAAAUGAAACCAAAAAAAAGAAAACAAAACAUGCUGCAGUUUAGUAAAAUAUGAAGACCAUCAGACGAGGCUUGGCAAGCUGAGACCGGCCUUACGGCAGCGCUGCUGCACACCGUGCCCCAAAACGACAGCUGGACAUCAAGUGCUGCUGCCACCACACUGCAGCCCAUAAGGAGCUGCUCUCUGCGCAUCUCCUUUGCCAUCAGCACAAGCCUGGUGAACCCCACUGCCCAAAGCCUCCACAAAGAGGAUUCUUCUGCCUCCAGCUAGCAGAGGACAAAUGUACAGGAGCUGUCUGACACACGGGAUGCUGCACCGCCAGUGAUGAGAGCCGCACAAGUUAUCUGUCAGUGGAGCUGGUAAGAGCCGUAUCAACUGCCUUAAAACCUGACAACCAAAAAGAAGAGCAAGCAGCACGCUCCAGGCUUCCUGAGCCUGACUGGUACUUUGGUCUUCAAUGGAUUGUUUUUACUGCACUUAAAAUUAAAUUGAGCUGUUUUAUAUUUCUGGUACUGCAUGUUUUUUGAUGACCAACCACUGUUUGUUUGCAUUACAAAUAAACUGUUACAUUGUGCACUCAUCCAGUCAGUAAUCAGUGCAAACCCAACACUGCUACUAUGAUUUGGCACAGCAAAACUGGAGUCCAGGAGCCCACAGCAGGGAGCAGAACCCUCCAGCAGCCAACAGUGCUUCCAGCAGGGCUGGGGCAAGUUCAGCAGAGGUUGUGCUGGAAGGCCAGGGGAGGGAAGGGGUUUAGGGGAAGGCGAAGGACCCCUCCACCUUCUCACCACACCUACCUUCUAUUUGAGCUCGGCUGGUUCGGCUUUUUAGGGACCAGUUCCUGCCAACUGCUCAGGUAGAAUGCCUGGGAAGGAAGCCCUGCAGGAGCCAGUU